GAUCUGGCAAGCAGCGGGUCUUACUUUUCCACUCUCUUGUGGGAAUGAGUUGCCAAUCUUUCACUUCGGCUGAUACGUUUAUACCUCUGAAUUCUGAUGCUCCUGCAAGUCUGCCUCUGAUCAUGCAUCACAGUGCUGCUGAGUGCCUCCCAGUCUCCAACCAUGCCACCAACGUGAUGUCUACAGCGACGGGACUUCAUUAUUCUGUGCCUUCUUGUCAUUAUGGAAACCAGCCAUCCACCUACGGAGUGAUGGCAGGCAGUUUAACCCCUUGUCUUUACAAGUUUCCAGAUCACACCCUGAGUCAUGGGUUUCCUCCCCUGCACCAGCCUCUCCUGGCUGAGGACCCCACAACCUCUGAAUUCAAGCAGGAACUCAGGCGGAAAAGUAAAUUGGUUGAAGAGCCAAUAGAUAUGGAUUCCCCAGAAAUCCGAGAACUUGAGCAAUUUGCCAAUGAAUUUAAAGUGAGAAGAAUUAAGUUAGGAUACACCCAGACAAACGUGGGUGAAGCUCUGGCCGCUGUGCAUGGCUCGGAAUUCAGCCAAACAACUAUCUGCCGAUUUGAAAACUUGCAGCUUAGUUUCAAAAAUGCAUGUAAACUAAAAGCAAUAUUAUCCAAGUGGCUGGAGGAAGCUGAGCAAGUCGGAGCUUUGUACAAUGAAAAAGUGGGAGCGAAUGAGAGGAAAAGGAAACGGAGAACAACUAUCAGUAUUGCAGCUAAGGAUGCGCUGGAGAGGCAUUUUGGACAGCAGAGCAAGCCUUCCUCUCAGGAGAUCAUGCGGAUGGCUGAAGAACUGAAUCUCGAGAAAGAAGUAGUAAGAGUCUGGUUUUGCAACCGAAGGCAGCGAGAAAAACGAGUGAAAACCAGUCUGAACCAAAGCCUGUUCUCGAUUUCGAAGGAGCACCUCGAGUGCCGAUAAGACUUGAGUGUGGUAGCUGUUUGUGUAGCCACUUCCCACUCCUUCCAGUU